AAUGGAUAUUAAUAUAGGAGAAACACUCUUCAUUAUUGUUGGGGCUGCCAUUUCGAUUUCAGUUGGUGAAUUAGUCUCAUGGUUUCUCGUAUAUCGAAAUGCAGAAUACAAGGACCUUGUAUCUAGAAUUGAGACUGCAGUAGCGAAAUAUAAUAAAGAGAAAGAAUCAUUUGUUAAGUAAUUCCUAUCCAUUUCUAUUUAUCAGAGAAACUAAUGCUAAAAAUCAAGAAAAGAGGUUGGCACAAAUCGAAUCACAAAUUAAAGGAUUGAAUUAUGAAAUGACAUUCAAAAAGAUGAUAUCCAAUGCAGCAGUAGCAAUACUCUCUAUUGUCACCAUUAAUUCAAUUGGUAAUUAUUAUUCAGGGAUUGUUGUCGCCAAAUUGCCAUUUGAACCAUUUUGGAUUUUAUAACAAAUUACUCAUAGAGGACUUAAUGGAGAGGAUUUAACAGAUUGUUCCUAUAUAUUCAUAUAUAUAUUAUCAGCACUCGUUUUUAAAACUAAUAUACAAAAAAUAUUUGGUAUCAAUUUAUUUUAUCACAUUUAGGAUUGGAAGGACCUAAAAUGCCAUUUGGUCCUGGAGGUCCUCAACCCAGUUUGUUCAAAUAGUGAAAUAGAUGCA